CACACACACACACACACACACACACAGAUGAAACACACACUUCCUGGUGUGUAGAGUUCAGUUUUUAGCAUGAACACGAGCUCCUUCAGACCUCAUCUUUGUUUUGUUGGGAGGCCUUAUGUGGCUUGAGUCAAAGGUCACGAGGGCGCUCUAACCGUUGGAGUGAGCAGCACCUGUGUGCAUCCACUACUUUACUUGUUCCUCUAAUGUUUUUAGGUGCACCUCAAAUGGUGCGAUAUCCUUACCCCUUCGGUGCGGAAGAUGUGACUCCGCCUAGCGGGAAGUGAUGAAUGUUGCGGCGAAACGUCACACUGAAGUCCAGAAUAAACUAGACUUUGGGACGAAGUUCGGCACAUUUUUCUUUUAUUCCUGUUCUUUCCCACCGUGCUGCCGCCGCUGGGUUUCCACACAUCCGCAGUCAGACUACCUGAGGCUCUGACACACUAGUGCACUGGUUCCAGCAGGGGACAGUUAUGGACACCACCACCCCUGUCCUGGUCCACAGUCUAUCUCAGAACCUCUCCCUGCAGAGUGGGGGGGGUGCAUGUGUCCACAACAAGACUUAUGAAGUGACCUUUGUGUGUGUGUGUGUGUGUGUGUGUGUGUGUGUGUGUGUGUGUGUGUGUGAGAUCUACCCGUACAGCAGGAUCAUCUUUACUUUAUGCAAGGGUGCAGCGGGUGCUUAAGUGUUCCAACCAUGUUGCUGUGUGUGUGUUGUGUUCAGCAUUGCACCCCCCCCGGCACACACAAACACGUUCAUUCUCGGUGUUCUUUGCUGUUCUUCAUUGUUCUUCCAAAGGCACAGACAUGAAAGCAGCUGCACUGAGCAGGUAAUAAAGACAUGGAUAAAGGGGAUUAUGGGAUUGCGGGUCUUGUUCCUAUGGCAAUGGCACCUCCAGAGGACGGGAUUACGAGCUGAAAUCCUCCUGUCCGCCUUCUGUCACUGUCCCUUCUCUCUGCACCUGUUGGACUCUUUCCCAAGUGUCCGGUCGAGCCCCCGGCUGUCAAUCGCGACACUCCUCCCUCGUAGCCAUGGCGACCCCAUGCUGACAGCAUCGGACCUUGGGCCAAGACCCCUUGGACCCCCCGCCAUGGCCUUCCUCAUGAAGCACGUGCUGGGCGACAAGCUCAAGAACAUGGGUGGGGGAGGCGGCGGAGACGAGACCAAGACCGACUCGGACGGCAAGGAGACGGCGCAGUCCAAGGGCAUGUCCCGCGAGGAGUUCGAGGAGUACCAGAGACAGCUGGUGGAGGAGAAGAUUCAGCGCGAUAAGGACUUUGCCACGAGGAAGGCAGAGCGAGCAAACCUGCGAGUGCAGCUGAGGGAUAAAUACCGGCUUCCAGAGAGCGCCCAGGACGACGCCACCAUCCAAAUGGCCGGGGGCGACGUUUACCUGCCCGAGGAACUGGCCAAGAUGGUGGAGGAGGACGAGGAGGAGGAAGAGGCCCAGAACACACUGCUCGGAAAGAUCCAGAACCUGGACCUGGACUUCGACAGCAUCAAGUCCAAAGCGCAAAGCACGCUGAGUGAAGCGAAGCAGGCUGCCGAGGAGAAGUGCGCCAUCAUGUGAUUGCAGCUCUGCGGACUCGAACCCUGAGCUCCCGCUUAUUUGCUUCUCACGGCGCCAAGUGUUUGCUCGCAGAAACACUUAGUGAAGUGUGACCGCUUGUAUGAGUUUGCUGUGCGGUAACCAGGGCAAUGGCUGCAGCUCAGGAACCGCAUGGAAAACUGUGUGUGUGCGCACAUGUACAUAUGUGUAUAUGUAUGUAUAUACUGUGUGCGUGUGCACGUACCUGACUUUACAUGGUAGGAGAGCUGCUGUAGGGUGAUGUGUGUCUCUCUCGCUUUGCUGCUUGAUGGUCUUGGUCUGGCUCUAUAAAUGUCCACUGAAUGUCCAUGUGAACCUGUCCACUCUGUCCUGUCGCUUUGUGCUGAAAUGAAUUUGAACGUGUGUGUGUGUGUGUGUGUGUGUGUGUGUGUGUGUGAGAGAGAGAGAGAGACAAAACAACUCUAUUACAGCUUCUUCCAGUUGUUCCAGCCCUCAUGAUGGAUUAUACUAGUAGGCCGGGCUGGGGGGGCUGAGCCCAGCACAGGGGGUCACAGAGGUGGUGGGUGGGCCAUGUGGGGCGGGGCCUCAUUUCAGAUGGGAAAUGGACAUGUUUGAUUGACAGGUGUCAACGUGUGAUCAUCAUUUUAGUAGUGGGUGGGGGCUUUUCUGCGCUGCCUUCACUCUGUCCCUCUCUGUCUAUCGUCCAGAAAGACACUGUACCUGUGACCUCCGUCCACUUCCAGGCGCAAACGUUCCGACCAUCCACUACGUCUUUCUCGUACAGCUCUGGUCCUGGACAGGCGUUCAGUCCAGCUGCG